AAGAGAGCCUAGAACGUUGACCCAGAAUUCAUAAAUUCCGUGUGGGUCACCUUACUUUUUGUCCAAGUUCAAGUGUGUUCCUUGAAGAGUUGAAGGUUUCUUAUAAAUGAGUGAUUGUUGUUCCUUUAUUAUAGAUCUUGCUUCCAUUUUAUACAAUUUUCUCUCUUCGAAUUCCAGGUAUCACUUCUAGCAACUCACUCUGUUAUUUUCAUUGGAUUAAAAGAUUUAUAGUCACCCAGAAAGUCAAAACCUUUGUUUUAUUUGUUGUAUUGUUAGUUUAUCCUUCUGGUAGAUGUUUGUGAUUGACUUUUGUUCCACUUAGCUGGUAGAUUUUGCUGUGUACCUUGAAAUUUUCUAGAUUUACAAUACAAAACAAAUUUUCUUCCAUACCCACAAGCUGUUUGAUCUAUUGUCUGAGAGAAAUUAGUCAAAACCCUGUUUUUCUUUUAGUUUUAGUUUUUGUGAUGUAUCCUGUGCUUGUUGAUCCUGAAUUAGAAAGCCUAAGCUAUGAAUUCAAAUACAAUCCUGAGUUGCUUUCAAACUUUUUCACACAUCAAGACUUUGGAAAUGGGAUUAGUUUAGGUGAGAUCUUUGAAAAUAAUACUUUGGUUGAUCAAAAACCUCAAUCUGUUGAGUUCAAUGAGAGUUGCAUAAGUUCAGAUUCCUUAGAUGCACCUGAUUUUUCUGAUGCUUGUCUUAAAUUUUUGAGUGAUAUUCUUCUGGAAGAGAAUUUGGAUGAGAUUCCUGCUUCUGUACAAGAUGUCAGGGCUCUCGAAGCGACUGAGAAAUCUUUGUAUGAUGCUCUAGGAGAGGAAUACUCACCUUCUGAUGACCUUACAUCAUUUUUAGAUCAAAGUAUUGAAAACCCGGAUGUUAGUUUUGAGAGGAGUUGGGAUAGUAGUUACCGAUUUGAGGGUUAUUCCAAUGGUGACACUGCUAUUGAGUCGAACUUGGGAAUGAAUCAAACACCAUCUGAGCCUAUUAUAAGCUUGAGUGAUCUUUCUCAUCCUCUGUUGAAACAAAAUUCCCAAUCUUCGGGGUCAAGCAAUAGUGAUGAUUGUGCAGACGGGGUAGCGACCUCCCCUGCUAGCACGCUUACAUCAGUACCCUUGGAAAGAGAAGAUAAAGUGGUGAGUCGGUCGAGGAGAAAGAAGAACCAUAAGAGAGAUGAUGGUGCUUAUGGAGGAGGAAGAAGUAAUAAGCAGCAAGCUUCUACUAAUGAAGAUUAUGUUGAGAUGGAACAGUACGAUGAUAUACUUCUAUGCAGGGAAGAUUUAAAUGAUCUCUCCUUAUGUGAUAAAGAAUCCUCCGCUAACGGAAUUAGCAAGAAGUUGCAGGGAAAAGGGUCCAAGGGUAAAACAACUCGUGGUAAGAAGCAGAAUAAUGUAGUGGAAGAGGUGGAUCUGAGGACCCUUCUCAAUCACUGUGCUCAAGCAGUUUCAAGCUUUGAUCUUAGAGUUGCAAAUGAGAGGCUUAAGCAAAUAAGGCAGCAUUCUUCACCUUAUGGUGAUAGCAUCCAGAGGCUUGCUCAUUAUUUUGCUAAUGGUCUUGAGGCACGCUUAGCUGGCACUGGUUCAACAAUAUCUGGUAAUAUUGUUGAUGCACGUAUUUCAUCAUCAGACUUCUUGAAAGCUUACAGGACAUAUGUUUCUGCAAUUCCUUGCAAAAGGAUGUCAUUUUUUAUGGCGAACAAUAAAAUCUUGAAGUUGGCUGAGAAAGCAACAAAAAUCCACAUUAUCGAUUUUGGUGUGUUGUUGGGUUUGCAAUGGCCCUGCCUCAUACAGAAUCUUGCAAAGAGACCUGGCGGCCCGGUUAAACUUCGGAUUACUGGAAUAGACUACCCCCAGCAAGGAUUUCGACCAGCAGAAAGGGUUGAGGCAACAGGGCGUCGUUUGGCAGGUUAUUGUGACAGAUUUAACGUGCCUUUUCAGUAUCAGGCCAUUGCACAGAAGUGGGACAGCAUACGGCCAGAGGAUGUAAAAAUCGAGGGCGAUGAGCUGGUAAUUGUCAACUGUAUGUUCCGCUCUGGAACUUUACUUGAUGAAACAGUUGAAGCAGACAGUCAAAAGGAUGGUUUCUUAAGGUUAAUCAAGCAGCUAAAUCCCAGUCUUUUCAUUCACGGAAUUAUGAAUGGGACGUUCAAUGCUCCAUUUUUCGUCACUCGUUUCAAAGAGGCAAUAUUCCACUACUCUGCUAUGUUUGAUGUUUUUGAAGAAACUAUUCCGCGUGAAGAUCAUGGAAGGCUGCUGAUUGAAAGUGAAUUAUGUGGAAAAGAAAGUUUAAAUGUCAUAGCAUGUGAGGGCAAUGAAAGGAUUCAAAGACCUGAAACAUACAAGCAGUGGCAGGUGAGAACAAGACGAGCCGGAUUCAAGCAGCUCUCAUUAGACAGGGAGCUUUUGGGUAGAACAAAAGCCAUGGUGAAAGCUAAUUACCACAAGGAUUUUGUGGUAGAUGAAGAUAGAAAUUGGAUGCUGCAAGGUUGGAAAGGAAGAACCCUUUGUGCUCUUUCCAUUUGGCAACCUUGCUAACAACAAAGUGGAGGUACUUUGUUGCAUAUGUUUAUGUAAACUUUAGCCUUACUUCCCCCCAUCCCCUCUUCAAUUUUUGUAAUAUGGUGUUCUUUAAUUUUGUGGUUAAGACUAUUUUUAUUGUUUGCGUUUUUCGGGA